CCGUCUUUUGGGAGUUACGGAUUAGUCGUCGUAUUGUUCCAUACACUUAUCUCUUUGCAAGGCAGAGACAGCUUCUUUCUUUCUCCAGCCAUGGAGACUGUUGUUCAAAGUUCAGUUGGUAUAUAUUCGAAACCCUUCCAUAGCUUAGCUAGAAAGCUAAUUAAGGCAUCAUCAGGUCCAAUUACAAGAGUUACAGAAAUGGAUAGGAGAAGAGGGGGAAUUUCACUACUCACUUCUCAUUCUUUUUUUCCUGCAAUUAGGAGAAUAAGAGCAAUGCAUAAGAGCAUCACUUCUUCUCCAACGGGUAUCUACGUUUUUGUUCCUGCAACUCCCUCGUCUUACAGAUUUUGUUAUUUCACCUUUAUCGAUGUUUCUUUUGCAACACCUGAGGUGGGAGUUACAAAUACUGAAACGCGUGAAUGGGCGAUGCAAGAUUUCUAUACUUUAAGGAAGGAUGUAGAAACUGUCUUAGAGCGUGUUCAGGAGAUCAGAGCUGCUGCUGGUCUAAAGCAAUUACAGGAAGAUCUUGCUGCUUUAGAAGCAGCAGCUGCUGAUCGGUCUCUCUGGGAUGAUCGUGCGAAAGCUCAGGAAACACUUCAGGCUUUGACUGAUUGCAAAGACAAAUUAAAGCUUCUCCGUGACUUCAAGACACAGGCUGAUGAUGCAGAAACGAUUAUUAAGCUCACUGAGGAGAUGGACUCAAUUGAUUCAGUGUUUCUUCAAGAGGCCUCUGGUAUCAUAAAGGAAUUGAACAAGGCACUGGAUCGUUUUGAGUUGACUCAACUUCUUUCAGGCCCCUAUGACAAAGAAGGUGCAGUGAUUACUAUCACAGCUGGUGCAGGCGGCACUGAUGCACAGGAUUGGGCUGAUAUGCUUCUCAGGAUGUAUGUGAGAUGGGCAGAAAAGCAGCGCUAUAAAACAAAAGUUGUUGAGAAGUCUGUGGGAGAAGAAGCUGGGAUCAAGUCAGCCACUGUUGAAAUUGAUGGACGGUAUGCAUAUGGCUACCUGUCUGGGGAGAAAGGAACCCACAGGAUUGUUCGACAGUCUCCCUUCAACUCUAAAGGCCUUCGUCAGACAAGCUUCACUGGCAUUGAAGUUAUGCCUCUUCUUCCUGAAGACUCAACAAAUGUUGAAAUUCCCGAAGAAGACUUGGAUAUCAGCUUUACAAGAGCAGGUGGAAAGGGAGGUCAAAAUGUUAACAAGGUUGAGACUGCAGUUCGCAUCACUCAUAUUCCCACUGGUGUAGCUGUUCGCUGUACAGAGGAGAGGUCACAGCUGGCAAAUAAGAUAAAAGCUCUAAGCAGAUUGAAGGCAAAAUUAUUGGUGAUUGCAGAGGAACAAAGGGCAUCAGAAAUAAAGCAAAUAAGAGGAGACACGGUGAAGGCGGAAUGGGGCCAGCAAAUAAGAAACUAUGUCUUCCAUCCUUACAAGCUAGUAAAAGAUGUAAGGACUGCUUAUGAAACUUGUGAUAUCACCUCUGUGAUGGAUGGUGAGUUAGAUCCUUUUAUCAAAGCCUACCUUAAGCACAAGUACAGUUUGGCAGCAAAUCCUAGUGGACUCACUUGAUAAUGCAAAUGAAUCACUAGAUACAACAUCUUUAAUGUUGUUAUUACCUUGUAUUUGAGAUUUGUUCCCAUCUUUCUAUAAUUGUUGUGUUUAGUUAAUAGGAAAAUGACAUAUUGAAGUAUGAAAGGGAAAAAAGACAAUAUUCAACAAAA